AUGAAGCUGAUUGUGGUCCUCCUGCUGGCUGCCCUCCCUCUUUACUGCUAUGCAGGUUCUGGUUGCCCAUUUGUGGAAAAGAUGGUUGAAACAACACUUAAUUCUAACGUGUCUACAGCUGAAUACAUAGAUGUUCUCAAGCGUUAUAUCAACGAUGAACGCACUGAACUGGCUGUAGUAGAAUUCAAAGAUUGUUUUCUCAGACAGUCCAAGGAUAUCCUGAAACAUGUUAUGGAGAUGAUGGAAACAAUAUAUAAUAGCAAACUGUGUUAUUAUUUUUAA